GUGGCGGCGCAGUGCCUGGUGUCUAUCUCCAACCGCUCGGCCGGACCCCCCACCCCCGAGACGGCGGCGCGGCUGAAGGUGCCGGGGGAGGCGGAGACGGGCCGAGAGAUGCGCGACCCGCGGGACGCCUGGAAGGACUACUGCGCCCUGCUGGCCAUCGCCAAGAGCCUGCUGGAGCUGAACAAGUACCGCCCGCUGCCCGCGCCCUCGGUCUGCAGCGACAGCCUCGAGAGCCCCGACGAAGACGCGGGCUCCGACAGCGACGCGGCAGCUACCUCGCCGUGCUCCGGCCCCGCGCCCGCGCCGCCCUCCCGCCUGCGCGGCACCGCCGCCGCCGCCGCCCCCAAGGCGAAGCUGGCGGCCGAGAAGCGGCACAAGUGCCCAUACAGCGGCUGCGGCAAGGUGUACGGCAAGUCCUCGCACCUGAAGGCGCACUACCGGGUGCACACAGGCGAGCGGCCGUUCCCCUGCACAUGGCCUGACUGCCUUAAAAAGUUCUCCCGCUCCGACGAGCUCACCCGGCACUACCGCACCCACACCGGUGAGAAGCAGUUUCGGUGCCCUCUCUGCGAGAAGCGGUUCAUGCGGAGCGACCACCUGACGAAGCACGCUCGCCGCCACACUGAGUUCCACCCCAGCAUGAUCAAGCGAUCCAAAAAGUCCAGCUCUGGUUCCUUGUGAAGGCAGAGCUGGCCCAGGAAAGGGAGCGGGGUGCAAGAGCCACAGCUGUGGCCCGGAGAGCAGUGGCAGAGGAGGCCCCGCUCACCAUCAGGAAGCACAUGUAGCUGAUGUCCAAAACCUAAGCACUCGGCGUGCUCAGCUCCUGCUCUCCAGUGCUGGCUGGCAACAGCCAUCUUGAUGAAGGGGAUAGCGGCAAGAGGGAAGGAUGGCACCACCACCUUCCCCAGUCUGUCGCGUUCGGACUGGCACACGUAUGUCCUGCGGGACGGUCCGGCCAGUGAUACCACAGUAGCGUGACUCCGAGGUCUUUGUGAUUGCUGUGUCAUGAACAUGUUUUGUUGAACAAUGUAAUGCUGCUUGUGUUUAGAGUCUGUCAAGUAAAACCACUUUCCGAGUCACAUAAGUAAUUCUCAGAUAUAAACUCCAUAGCACAUUGUAGAAGUGGGUUUACUUCUAUCUCAGAACGAUACUUCAUUUUAAAAGACUGUUAAGAGAAACAUUACAUGUGUUACUAAUAGCAUCCAAUUGAUAUUCUGAAAUAAGGUGAAUUUAUACUCAAGAAGACCUGUGAAACUAACUGGGUCUUUUUAAUUUUUCUUUGUAUUAACUAUACUUUUGAAUAUAAGCUGCACUUUUCCAGUAAAAACGUGUAAUUCAAGCAGAUACUUACAGCAAAAAACACCAACACAACAACUCAGUCAUUUUCUGACCAUAUGUGUAUUUAGCUCUGUUAUUCGUUUACCUGGAAAAAUACAAGUCAGCCUACAUAAUGUGGCGGGGAGGAUGAGGGCAGAAACAUACGUCUCUCAAUUGAUCUAUCUUUUCAUUUGUCAAUAAAUACAGUACUGUACUAUAGAAAUGCCACUAA